AUGGGUCCUCCUUUGAAGCUCUUCAAAAACCAGAAGUACCAGGACUUGAAGCAGGCAUGCAUCAAAGAUGGAAGACUUUUCUGUGAUCCAACCUUUCUGCCUGAGAAUGAUUCUCUUUUCUACAAUCGACUACUUCCUGGAAAGGUGGUGUGGAAACGACCCCAGACAAUCCCCAACUCUAAUGAACAAGAAUGGGACCCUCGAAAACCAAAUAAAUAUGCUGGAAUAUUUCGCUUCCGUUUCUGGCAUUUUGGAGAAUGGACCGAGGUGGUGAUUGAUGAUUUGCUGCCCACCAUCAAUGGAGAUCUGGUCUUCUCUUUCUCCACCUCCAUGAAUGAGUUUUGGAAUGCUCUACUGGAAAAAGCUUAUGCAAAGCUGCUUGGCUGCUAUGAAGCCCUAGAUGGAUUGACCACCACUGAUAUCAUCGUGGACCUCACUGGCACGUUGGCUGAAACUAUUGAUAUGCAUAAGGGAAGAUACACUGAGCUUGUUGAGGAGAAGUACAAGCUGUUCAGAGAACUGUACAAAACAUUUAUCAAAGGAGGUCUGAUCUGCUGCUCCAUUGAGUCUCCCACUCAGGAAGAACAGGAAGUUGAAACUGAUUGGGGUCUACUGAAGGGCCAUACCUACACCAUGACUGAUAUUCGUAAGAUCCGUCUUGGAGAUAGACUUGUGGAGGUCUUCAGUGCUGAGAAACUGUACAUGAUUCGUCUGAGGAACCCCUUGGGAAGACAGGAAUGGAGUGGACCCUGGAGUGAAAUUUCUGAAGAAUGGCAGCAACUGACUUCAGCGGAUCGCAAGGCCCUGGGGCUUGUUAUGUCUGAUGAUGGAGAGUUUUGGAUGAGCCUGGAGGACUUUUGCCGCAACUUUCAUGAACUGAAUGUCUGCCGCAAUGUGAGCAAACCUGUUUUUGGCCGCAAGGAGCUGGAAUCAGUGAUAGGAUGCUGGACUGUCGAUGAUGAUCCCCUGAUGAACCGCUCUGGAGGAUGUUAUAACAACCGUGAUACCUUCCUGCAGAAUCCCCAGUACAUCUUCACUGUGCCUGAGGAUGGGCACAAGGUCAUCAUGUCACUGCAGCAAAAGGACCUGCGCACUUACCGCAGAAUGGGACGACCCGACAAUUACAUCAUUGGCUUUGAGCUCUUCAAGGUAAGCAUAAGCAUUUGAACUGCUGUAUGGAAAAUGAAUUUACUCUGUAAAUUUUCACCCAAAUCACAAUAUGUGCUUGUCCCAACCAUGUUCCAGCAUGGCCGCACCAGCGAGUUUCUCCUGAGAAUCUUCUCUGAAGUGCCUGUGAAGCUCAGGGAACUGACUCUGGACAUGCCCAAGAUGUCCUGCUGGAAUCUGGCUCGUGGUUACCCAAAGGUGGUUACCCAGAUCACUGUUCACAGUGCUGAGGGUUUGGAGAAGAAGUAUGCCAAUGAAACUGUAAACCCGUAUUUGGUCAUCAAGUGUGGAAAGGAGGAAGUCCGUUCUCCUGUCCAAAAGAAUACUGUGCAUGCCAUUUUUGACACACAGGCCAUUUUCUACAGAAGGACCACUGACAUUCCUAUUAUAGUACAGGUGUGGAACAAGCGAAAAUUCUGUGACCAGUUCUUGGGGCAGGUUAUUCUGGAUGCUGACCCCAGUGACUGCCGUGAACUGAAGUCUCUGUACUUGCGUAAGAAGGGUGGUCCAACUGCCAAAGUCAAGCAAGGUCAUAUCAGCUUCAAGGUUAUUUCCAGUGAUGAUCUCACUGAGCUCUAA